AUGGUAUCUUUCUUCUGCUACCCUCAUUUCCAUUAUCCGUUAGAAAGCCAACACAUUUCUCAGUAUGGUUCAAAUCAAGGCAGCUGCCCUGGCUAUCUUUUCGCUGGCCAAGUGCUUUCCGGACCUGUUGAGCCCCAACAGGCAUCUGUGAGCAUUGAUGCCAAAUUCAAGACACACGGGAAGAAACAUUUUGGAAAUAUUGGUGACCAGUACACCUUGAACAAGAAUGCAAAGACCCCGGCAAUCAUCAAAGCCGAUUUCGGUCAACUAACACCUGAGAACAGGAUGAAGUGGGAUGCUACUGAGCAAAACAAAGGACAGUUCUCCUUCACCGGGUCGGACUAUCUGAUCAAUUUUGCUCAGUCAAAUGGGAAAUUGAUUCGUGGCCAUACUCUUGACAAGACCACUCUGGUAAAUUUCAUGAAGAACCACAUCACCACAGCCAUGAACCGUUAUAAGGGCAAAAUCUACGCCUGGGAUGUUGUGAAUGAAAUAUUCAACGAUGACGGUUCCCUACGCAACAGUAUAUUCUAUAAUGUUAUCGGCGAGGACUUCGUACGAGUCGCUUUCGAAAUAGCUCGUGCUAUCGGCCCAAAUGCAAAGCUCUACAUCAAUGACUACAGCCUGGAUUCCGCCUCCCAUUCUAAAGUGAAGGGUAUGGUCAAAUAUGUCAAGAAGUGGAUUGCUUCCGGUGUUCCAAUUGAUGGGAUCGCUCUUAAUGCUCUAGCAAGUGCGGGAACGAAGGAGAUUGCCAUCACUGAGCUUGAUAUUGCUGGCGCCAGCCCUACCGACUAUGUGAACGAGCUCACCAAAAACGCAAAUGAUGGCAUUCUUGAGGGUGAGGCUGCAGGUAUUGAUCCUUUCAUGGACCUCACGCAAGAAUGCGUACGUACACCGAGCAAGGGAUGUGAUGUGUCAGUCGCUAGCGUCCACAAUGUCGGCCUUCUCUACUAUAAACAGCGCAAGUUGGACAAGGCAGAGGAAAUGUACCAGCGUGCUCUAGCAGGCUCUAGGGAAGCUCUAGGUCCAGAUCACAUGUCUACUCUGGAAACGGUCUACAAUCUCGGUCUUCUCUACUCCGAUCAAGGGAAGCUUGAGAAGGCAGAUGAGAUGUACCAGCGAGCAUUGGUAGGCAAAGAAAAAGGCCUAGGUCAGCAUCAUAUUUCUACCCUGGAAACUGUCAACAAUAUUGGAGCUCUCUACUUCAAGCAAGGCAAAUUGAAAGAGACAGAGGCGAUGUACCAGCCCGCAUUACGAUACGCGACCGCUGUGGACUUUCAUACCCGCAAGACCCUCCUUCCUGGUAGCGAGGGCGAUCGCUUCGCCGUUAUUCAACCAUCAACCCCUUCAUUUCUGUACCGCAAUAUUCUCCUCUCCAAUGACCAAAUACACCCUCUCCCCGUGGGCGCCAUCUGGUACAUCGCACCGUCGAUUCCACUGCCGUCGUUUUCCUCCCCACCCGCCCGCAUCGUAAUCCACUUUCAUGGCGGUGCCUACGUGCUCGGUGGCGCACGCCAAAUGGAAAGCGUCUGGGGCCCUGUGGUUCUUAGCAAGGCGCUUUCCUGCCCCGUCCUGCAGCCCCAUUGCCGGCUCUCCGUCGCCGAGAACGCCUCGUUCCCCGCCGCCCUGCAGGACGGCAUCACGGCUUACGCUUAA